GGAGUGGGACCCUCCUCAGUGGGAUGUCCCCACCCAGAAGCACGGACACAUUUCGUGCUGUCCGUAAAAAUCUCUGGCAGCUCACGGACAUAAUGACAGAGAGGCGGCUCCGGCUGGUCAUGCAGCCUGCCAGGGAGGGUACCGACUGCCUACCUGAAGUUUCUGAGGUGCUUCCAGCUUCACCGCCCCAAAAGAACCGGAGGAAAAAGAAGAAGCGGAAAGAGAGAAGACCAGAAGGAGAGUCCACCAUCUUUCUGGGGUCCGUCUCCAUUGCCGCUUCUUCCCCUGCUGAAUAUCGGGAGGAUGUUCUAUCAAUCAGACACCCAGCGGUGUUCCCCCUAGACGUCGCCACAGCCGCUUCGCGGACUCAGGUGCCCAAAGCCCGCAUUACGGCCACUGAGCUGCCACCGCUAGCAGCAUACCCCUUCCGGGAAGCACGCCUGGAUUUUAAAAGGGCCUGGUCGGUUUGGGAUGCCAUUCCACGGGCUCCACAGGGCUUUAAAAGGGCAACGCCUGCUGCCAUGAUGCAACCCCUGGGUCUGUCUUUAGCAGUUCCUGUCGCGGCCAUCGAUGUUCAGCCCCCUGCGGGGCCUCACUGGCCCAUACCGGAUGUUUCUGACCUGCUCAUACAAGAUGUUCCUGACCUGCUUGACGUGCCUGUCCCGCCUGUCCCGCCUGUGCUUCCUGUGCCUGUCCCACCUGUGCUUCCUGUGCCUGAUCCGCUUGUCCUGGUGGCUGCCGCACCGCCCAGCGAGGCUCCGCCUGAGAACCCUGCGGUGCCCCCUGCUGGUCCCGAGUCGGCGGUUCCUGCGGCGUCGGCGCCCUCCAAGGUUUCUGCAGCAUUGCCUCCCUCCGAGGUUCCUGCUCCACCUGCAGCUCUGCCUGAGGCUCCGCCCGCGCCUGGUGCUCUGGCUCCAGCUCCACCCGAGGUCUCGGCUCCGCCUCCUUUGAUGGAGGGAGAAGAGGACCUAGAAUGGGACCCCUCGGGGAUCUCCUUGAUGGCCCCAAGGUGCCCCUCCAAGGAACUGACUCCUCUGCCCUCACCCCGGCGCGGUCAAUCCCAGCCAGAACCCCACCUAUCGGUGUCCCGGAAAGGGAGAGGACAUAGGCGCAGGGGUCGGGUCCCGCCCACCCUACCCCCCUACUCGCCUGUGGUUCCUCGGGCUCCUGCUUUGCUGUCACCUGCAAGUCCCCCGGCAUCGCCUUGUCGACCACCUGCGGUCCCACCUCCAACGCCUCAUCGGCCCCCUGCGGGUUCGCCCGCUCUGACUCAUCUUUUUUAUUUUUACAAUUUUAGUAAUCCUCAAGAAUUUUUUACUGUCGUCACAAACAAGUUGUUGCAGCUGACAACAGCACACUGGGCUAUGAAAAAUGCAGUAAAACAGCACAGACCGUACACACAGAGUAUUAUUCACCAGACGGGAAACUAUGCAGCAAAAUGGCAGAUGACAAGCUCUGCUAAGUGUAAAUUUUUAAUUUUAUUUUUAUUUAUUUGAAUCUUUAGUAAACUAGCUUCAGAUGAAUCUAUGACUGAUUCAUAUAUUCACCCCACAUAUACAAGUAUGCGACUCCUUGCCAUUUUUGUGACUUUGAAACUGGUUCCACAAGAUUUUUAUUUACCUAUUGAUGUUUUCAAACUUCCUUAUUAAUUUACAUUCAGGAAUUACUUUUCUUUGUUGGAAAGCUGGGAAGCACUACAGGAUCCAAAGAAAUCGAGUGAACACGGGGAUUAUUAGAAAGCGCACAAGAAAGACUGACGUUAGACUUCAUGACAGCCCCCCACAAAGGCGCACAAUCUGGGCGUGCCUAAUGGUAGCGAAGAGAUGAAACCGGAGACACAACGGUACCUAGGGAAACAAAAGCAAAAAUGUCAACGAAGCACAGGGAAUAGGACCGACACACAAAACAGGCACCAGGACACCAACGGACACACCACAGGGAACAGGACCGACACACACAGGGGCACCAGAAACAGGAACACGGGACAACGAUGGGACAACAGCAGGGGACAAACCAACAGGAGGAGGAGCAAAGGAACCAGGUGGGAACAAAGGCACAGAGGGACAAGGAGCAAACACAGGGGGCACAAAGGCAGGGGGCAAGGAGGCAAAGGAUGGGGGGAAACGAGAAGCCAAACUGGAGGAGGCGAGGAGGGAACAGAAGCCGUGGAAAGCGAAGGCACCGUCACAGCAGCGACCGACGAAUUGGAGCCGGAGGACCCACAGGCGACCGAUGAGGCAUCGGAGGUGGGACCACAGCCAUCCAACGAGGCACUGCAGGUGGAACCGAAGGCGACCGCCUAGCCGAAGCCAGGGAGACCGCAGGCGACCGCCGAGCAGGAGCUGGAUGAACCGCAGGUGACCGCCGAGCCAAAGUCAGGGGGAUCAAAGGUGGGCCGGGGGGCAGGGCGGGUGGGACCCGACCCCAACACAGGUGCCCUCUCCCUAUCCGGGGGACCGAGAGAUGGGGACCUGGCCGGGAUCUGCCACGCUGGCGUGGUGGCUGGGGUGAUGCACCGGAGGGGUUCAGUGGGGCCAUCAGGGAAAUCCCCGAGGAUGGGAGUCGGGGGCACAGGAGUGGAACUGGGGGGACUGGAGCCGGAGGGUCAGGAACCAGGGGGGCUGGAGCAGAAACCAUCGGAGCAGGAACCACGGGGGGCAGAGCCCCUGGAGCAGGAACCUCCAGGACAGGAACCACAAGCUUGGAUGUGGGCGCCACCUCAGGGGAAGGAGCAGCAGGGACCUCAGGUGCAGCGGUAUCUCCUGAUGAGGAAGCUUGCUCCUUCUUCCUGAAGCGGAGCAGCUUCCUCAGCGUUUCCUCUGCUCUCUCCAGCAGAUAAUGUGCAGUCAUUAUCUGUUAAUGCCUCAAAAUGCAUGUAACCAUGGAACCAUGGAGAAGGCUGUCUCUGCUUGAAUAUUUCACUCUUCUGAGGCCUUCCAAUGCGUUGAUGGCCCUGGAAAUUGAAACAUGAUUCUGAAAGAGAAAAGGUGCAUGGGCAAGGCCACUCACACCCAACAUUGUGGCUUCGGCUUCCAAGCCGCCUCACGCCUCCUCCCGGCCGAGCAGCACUGUCUCAUUGCCCCAUACUGCUGCCUUGGCCAGACACGUCUGGCAGUCGGCUUCUUAAUUUAUUCCAUGACUGUAUUUCUUAUUGUUUAACAAAUUAUGAUUGUGUAUGAGACAAAUAAACACUUGAAACUUG